AUGAAUACUGAACGUAUUGAACAAAUCAAUGUUGUGUCUAAAUAUGUAAACAGUACAUAUGGUAGAGUAGAUAACUCCUAUUAUACCCCAGAGAAGUACAAAUACUCUAAUUACAGAAAUAAUGCAGGGAUUUUGACCGUAAUACUCGAUAAUGACUUUGUAUACAUAAAUGAUAAGAAAAUUUCUGUUUCUGGUAUUUUUAAUCUCUCAAAGUUUGAUACCAAAAAAUUUAGUAGUAUUAAUUCUGCUAUUGACCAAUUUGAACUAAAGAUAAUUGAUGAACUUAAAAAAUACAGUCCUAAGAAUAACUUUGUAGCUUUUGUUUUUAACAACAUCCUAACUAGAUCAGAGAUUGUAGCUUUGUGUGAUAUGUUUCUUAAUAGUAUUGCUUUUAAGGGCAUUCUUUUAGUUCCUUACUCACUAGGCCUGUGUUUUGGUAAGGCAUUCCAACAAUCCUUGAUUAUUAAUAUCUACAAGACGUAUACCUCCAUAUUUCUUAUAGAAGAUUACUGGGUUUAUGAUAGUUUUAUUGUAUCUAAGGAAGCAAAUCCUGGGUUUACUUUGUUGGAUGAUGAAGAUUUUGCUGAUGAAUACCACAAAGUUAAGAUCAUGGAAGAUAUACCGUAUUAUUCUUGCUCACUGUGUGACAUGAGAAGCACAAGACAAAGCAGAGUUUUUGAGCAUAUUAGAAACAUUCACAUGCUACAGGAAAGAUGUGAAUGCUUCCAGAAAAUGAUUGAGAAUAUGGAACAGAAGCAUAAAAAAGAAAAAAACUUCUCUAAUCUAUCUGAGCAUACGCAAUCUUCAGAAGGCAUUAAAGUGGAUGAUGAACAUAUAAAAACGCAUAUCGUCAAAUAUUUUAAAAAGUAUGAAAACGUUACAGAUGAGAUCUUGAAAAGAUUAAACUUUGUUUAUUUUAAUACUGAAAAACUUAAAAGAAUCUUUCUUAAGGUCAUCAUCAACGAUACCACUGGAACGAGUAACCUAGAUCUAGAAGAUCUAGCGGAAAGGUUAGGCUCCUUGUACGGCUCGGUUAGCUUUGUGGAGAUUUCUGAAGACAAGAACCAGGUUGUUAGAAAAGGCAUAGAAAUUUUCAAUAUGUUAGACAUCUCGAAGGAGUGUUGGAUGACUGAUGAAGAAUGGAGAAGUGUAAGGUUAAGAAUUUUAAAGGAGAAGGUUUUAUUUAACAUUUGA